AAAAAGCUAAACUUAACUGAUUAAUAAACACAUAUGUAUUGCAAAGAUAUAUUACUGAUAUAAAAAAUUUCGGUCACUCCAUGCAUAAUCGCCUGUUCAAUUAUCAUUACGUAUCCUGAUCCACUAUCGAGUAUAGGACUGUCAAUCUAUAAAGUGUGAGUAAGAGAAGUUGAUUGAGGAAGGGGAAUACGCACCGAAAUGUACGGAUAUUAACCGACUCAGUUCACAUUUGAUGCUUAACGGGACAAGAGUACUGGCAGGCGAAAACAAAUUCCAAACAUGGAUAUCAGUUCAUUGAUAUACAAAUCAUCGCAACAAACAAGUACAAUUUCAACAUUCCAUAACAAUCCUUUUCCUCGUAGACCUUGGAUUACUGAUACUGGAGCUGCAGCGGCUGUCAGUCAUAGCGGUGUUAAAGGAAUUGUGGCUGGAGGUAUUACCGGCGGUAUAGAAAUAUGUAUCACUUACCCAACUGAAUAUGUAAAAACACAGCUACAACUUGAUGGGAAAGCUGGAUCCGGUAAACAAUAUUCAGGAAUAUUGGAUUGUGUGAAAAAAACCAUAAGAAAUCGUGGAUUCUUUGGUCUAUACAGGGGUCUUUCAGUAUUACUUUAUGGUUCAAUACCAAAGUCAGCUGUACGCUUUGGUUCCUUUGAAAAAAUGAAAGAAUUGUUAGUAGAUUCAAAUGGAAAACUUACUACACAGAAUAGUCUCAUAGCAGGACUAUGUGCAGGUGCAUCUGAAGCUAUUUUUGCAGUUACUCCUAUGGAGACAAUUAAAGUAAAAUUUAUAAAUGAUCAAAGAUCUGCUAAUCCAAAAUACAAAGGAUUCUUUCAUGGAGUAGGGAUGAUUACCAAGGAAUAUGGAUUCAGAGGCAUAUAUCAAGGUCUAACACCUACAAUUUUAAAGCAAGGAUCAAACCAAGCAAUUAGAUUUUGUACCAUGGAAACAUUAAAAGAUUGGUAUAAAGGUGGAAAUAAAGAUGUAGUUAUACCAAAAGUAGUUACUGGAUUUUUUGGUGCAUGUGCUGGGGCAUUAUCUGUUUUUGGAAAUACUCCAAUUGAUGUUGUAAAAACUAGAAUGCAGGGUCUAGAAGCCUCAAAAUAUAAGAAUAGUAUAGAUUGUGUAAAACAAAUAUGGAUCAAUGAAGGUCCAAUGGCAUUUUAUAAAGGAACUAUCCCAAGAUUAAGUAGAGUAUGUUUAGAUGUUGGCAUAACAUUUAUGAUUUAUGAUUCCUUCAAAGAAUUUUUUGAUCGGCUUUGGCCUUGAAAGUUAUUAAUUUUGUAACUGUAUAUUUUAAAAUGUCAGUGCAAAUGUAGCUUUCAUAAUUUCAUCAUUAUUUAUGUAAUAUAUCUAUAAUCGUACAUGUUAAGAAAUGUCUUUAUUUCAAAUAUGAUACAUACCAAAGUAUUCUGUUAUAAUGGGCAUUUUAAUGAAUGAAAAUGAAAGAAAACAAAGUCAUAUCGAAAAGUUUCAAUUUUUAUAUUAAUCAGUGUCGGUAUUGAAAGCUGCAGUUGCAUAGAGCACAAAUUCCAUUAUAUAUAUUUUUUUAUAUAAAUUUUUAUUUAACAUAAAAUUAUAUGUAUGGAAGGCAAAUGGUAAUGUAAAUUUGUUCAUAUAAUUAUUUCAAUUUUGUUUAUCAGUUUAUAAAUUUUAUUUAAAAUAUUGUUAAAUAUUUAACAUUCCUAUAGAUUUGAGUCAUCGAAUGAAUGUUUAUAUUGUGAAAGUGAUUUGUACAUGGUAUGCAUAAGUUAUGUAGACAUACACAUACACACACACACACACACACACACACACACACACACACACACACACACACACACACAUAUUUCUAAGAAAUAUUGUACAGUUUCAGUACAAAAAUAUACAGAAUGUUAACUAAAAUAAUGAGAAUAAUAAAAGAUGUUUAUUACUUGAGCGAAGGGAAAUAGAUUGACUUUCUAAUUAACUUUUUUUAAUGUAGUAACAUCCAAAUAAGAUUAGAGUAGGUAGGAGGUAUAAAAAGGUAUUAAUCAGAAAUGUUUUUAUUUAUGUGCACAUAACAUUCCAUUAAAUAUAAUUAUCUUCGCUCAGAUAUUGUAAUAUAUUUUAGUAUUAAUUGAACAAAAUUUAACUAUAAUGGCUGUGACAUUCAAAUGAAGAUAAACAUGUAGAAGUUCCUUCAUAAUAGAGACCUUAUAAUCUCAUAACACCUGCAAACUAUCUAUUUUAUUACUUUAACAAUAAGACAUGAUGGUUCAUAAUGCUUUGUAUUUAUAUUUGUACUUGUACAUUGAAAUAUAUAUCUGUGCAGUACUA